AGAAAGACCGAAAAAAAGAAGAAAGAGUGGAGGAGUAGGAGCUGGGUUCUAGCCUUUAGGUGCCGAGAACUCAACGGAUAUAACGGUUGUCGGAGAGUGAGUAGGGUGUGGUGGUGAGCAACAGCGCCAGCCGCCAAGAAACAGCAAAUGGGUAGCGUUGGCUUCGGCGUUGCAAAAGCAAUUUCAUUAGCAAUAGCAACAAGGCACCUCCGUUUAAAACCACCUUAUGCAGCAACCCUUACUUAUCUCUCACUCUACAACUAUAACCAACCUCUCUUUCUCCCUCUUUCUCCCUUCUCCUCUCGCCGCUCCUUCUGCACCGCAACCCUUCGCUCCGCCGACAACAAAGUCUCACGGUUCCGGAAGAAGCUUAGGGUUUCUGAAAUCAAAGAAGGUGAUGGCGUCCACAUGCUCGGUCGCAACCUCGUCGUCCAAGGUUGGGUCCGUACCCUUCGCAUUCAGAGUAGCGUCACCUUCAUUGAGGUUAACGAUGGUUCGUGUCUUUCCAAUAUGCAAUGUGUGUUGAAUUCGGAGGCUGAAGGUUAUGAUCAGGUAGAAUCUGGCUCGGUUACUACUGGUGCCUCUGUAUGGGUGCAAGGAGUUGCGGUGGAGAGCCAAGGAUCGAAGCAGAAAAUGGAAUUGAAGGUUAACAAAAUAGUAUUGAUUGGCAAAAGUGAUCCCUCCUUUCCGAUUCAAAAGAAAAGAGUCAGCAGGGAAUUUCUAAGAACAAAAGCACAUCUUCGUGCAAGGACAAAUACUUUCGGUGCUGUUGCAAGGGUUAGGAAUGCAUUGUUAUAUGCUACACACAAGUUCUUCCAAGAAAAUGGGUUUGUAUGGGUCACAAGUCCUAUCAUCACAGCUUCAGAUUGUGAGGGAGCGGGAGAACAGUUUUGUGUUACUACCUUGAUCCCAAGUUCUCAAGAUACUAUUGAUUCUCCUGUGGAUGCUAUUCCAAAAAUGAAUGACAGAUUAAUUGACUGGUCACAAGACUUCUUUGGAAAACCAGCAUUCUUAACUGUUUCAGGUCAACUCAAUGCUGAAACUUAUGCUACUGCUCUUUCUGAUGUGUAUACAUUUGGUCCAACAUUUCGAGCAGAAAAUUCUAAUACUUCUAGGCACUUGGCUGAAUUUUGGAUGAUUGAACCGGAGCUUGCAUUUGCUGAUCUAAAUGAUGACAUGGCUUGUGCAACUGCUUAUCUUCAGUUUGUAAUAAGAUACGUCCUUGAUAACUGCAAGGAAGACAUGGAAUUUUUCAACACGUGGAUUGACAAGGGAAUCAUUGAUCGCUUGAGUGAUGUAGCAGAUAAAGAUGUUGUACAAAUAACCUACACUGAAGCAAUUGAUCUGCUGUCACGGACAAAUAAGAAGUUUGAGUUCCCGGUGAAAUGGGGUUGUGAUCUGCAGAGUGAACAUGAGCGUUAUAUAACUGAAGAGGCAUUUAACGGAUGCCCUGUGAUAAUCAGAGACUAUCCAAAGGAUAUUAAGGCAUUCUAUAUGAGACAGAAUGAUGAUGGAAGGACAGUUGCAGCCAUGGAUAUGUUGGUUCCGAAGAUUGGUGAACUUAUUGGUGGAAGCCAAAGAGAAGAACGGCUUGAGUAUCUAGAGGCUCGUUUAGAUGAUUUAAAGCUGAAUAAGGAUGCAUAUUGGUGGUAUCUUGAUUUGCGUCGUUAUGGUUCAGUACCUCAUGCAGGCUUUGGUUUGGGCUUCGAAAGACUUGUCCAAUUUGCAACAGGAAUGGACAAUAUAAGAGACGUGAUUCCUUUUCCUCGAACACCUGGCUCGGCUGAGUUUUAGACCUUGCAGAUAUAAGGAGUCUAAAUUCAUUUUUACGAUUCAAACUGCAUUUUUGGACAAUAAAGUCUCUUGCCGUCCUUUUCUUAUUAUUUGAAAAAGAAAGCAGCGCUUCUAUUUGAAGUGUCUAUAUAUCAUGAACUAUGUAGAAUACCAUGUUGCGGCAAUAUGAUGGCGUUUCCAGAGCAUAUUUACCUUAUCUCAUUUGUAUGAAGGUUGCAGUCAAAUAUCCAACCAUGUAAGUAUCAAAUUUGUAUCGGAUAUUGGUGAUGUAGGACAACCUAUAACGGCAAUUUACUGGUACUGCUGAGACCGAAAAAGAAAUUUGAUCUUAAUGAUAAAUUAAAAUAAUUACUGUCAUUCACAUGAUGAAGCAUGUACUUUUUAAUAAAUUCAAUAAUGCAGUGUAAUGAGGUUGAAUGAAGCCAAUUAUAUUACAAAUAAAUGUUCUAGUUUAAAUUCUGUU